UAAAGUUUUGCAUGAUGUUCAUUGCUUGUCGCAGUAAUCGUCUGCUUUUAAGUUGUUAUUUAUUUAUUUUGAUUGCGCCAAGAGUGUAUUUGUUUUGUGGUGUGUAAUCACCCUGCUUGCUUGUUUUAAGUUUUUAUUAACUUAAUUCAUUAAACUUAUUUCUGCGGUGUCUACUUACUGAACAGAUAGAGUGUAAUCUCAUAUUGAAUUGUGAACUUUUUGUUUCCUUAAGUGGAAAUAAAAUUACAAUCAUCGCAAUUGUUAAAUAAAUAAAUAUGAAGUCAUAAAGACUUUUGAUGGUGUAUUCAUCAGUUUUGAACUUAUUUCAUGCUAAAUAUAACAUUUUCAUUUGUAUUCCGGAUACCUACUUUCAAAUAUAAAUUUUCCUGCGAAUGCGGAAAUAAAAUUUGCUUCGAGAAAAAUUUAUAAUUCGUGCCGAAAUCAACUAAAAAAAUGGACAAAGAAGUGAAUUCUGGCGUAUCUGUGAAAAGUCUUAGUGAGCUUCCAAACAAAUCAAAGUCAACAAAUGAUAAUAAUUGUUCCACAGAUGCACAAUCUGAAAAGAAAGCAAGGCCACCACCAAUAGAUGUUACAGCAGCUCAGGAACUUCAACAACAGGCUAUGGCUGGUCCUAAAACACCUACUAGUGCUUCUCCUGUUACACCAGGUGUGGUAGAUCAUCGAAAGGCUAAGAAAAGAAAAAUUGGUCAUAGAAGAAUUAAUGAAGAAGGUCGAAUCACAUAUAAAAAAAUUGAAACAUCUCAAAUUAUGGGUUCUAUUCAAUUAGGAAUUUCUAUAGCUAUCAGUUCAUUAGCAUCAAAACCAGAGAGAGAUUUAUUAAUUCAAGAUUUUACUAUUGUUGAAACAAUCACUUUUCCAAAGAAUGGAAGCACUAUUACACCAGCACAUCGCUUUAAUGAAUUUACUUUUAAAACGUAUUCUCCUGUUGCUUUCCGCUAUUUCAGACAUCUUUUUGGAAUACAAACAGCAGACUUCUUACUUUCUCUGUGUCAUUAUCCUCUAAUAGAGCUAACUAAUCCUGGUGCUAGUGGUAGCAUUUUUUAUCUUUCUGAAGAUGAUGAAUUCAUUAUCAAAACCGUUCAGCACAAAGAAGCUGAAUUCUUAACAAAGUUAUUACCUGGAUACUAUAUGAAUUUAAAUCAAAAUCCUCGCACUCUUCUUCCAAAAUUCUAUGGCUUGUUCUGCUAUCAGUGUAUUGGAAAGAAUGUACGGAUUGUAGUCAUGAACAAUCUCUUGCCAAGUGAUAUAACUAUGCAUGAGAAAUAUGACUUAAAGGGAAGUACGUAUAAACGAAAAGCUAGUAAAAGUGAAAGAGAAAAGUCCUCUCCAACUUAUAAAGACUUGGAUUUUAUGGAACGACAUCCUGAAGGAAUUUUUCUGGAAAUAGAAAAAUAUAAUGCCUUGAUUAAGACUAUAACUAGAGAUUGUCGUGUUCUAGAAUCGUUUAAGAUCAUGGAUUACAGCCUACUUGUUGGUAUCCACAAUCUUGAUUUAGCCAAAAAAGAAAAAAAGGAACGGCGGCAACAGAAAAAAGAAGAAGAUUAUAAAAUCUCUGAUGAAUCUGAUUCAGCUUCACCGACCCAGGCUUCAUCAGGAAAAUCAGAUUCUGGCUUGGUUAGGAGUAAAUCUAUUAAUAAAACCAGGUUAGCAGCAUUUUCUACAGCUAUGGAAUCAAUUCAGGCUGAAGUUGAUAUUCCUGAAGAUGAUGAUGAUGUUCCGCCAGGUGGUAUACCUGCAAAAAAUGCUAAAGGAGAAAAUCUCUUAAUGUUUUUAGGAAUAAUUGAUAUUUUGCAAAGUUAUCACUUGAAGAAAAAGCUAGAACACACUUUUAAAUCUAUGUUGCAUGAUGGAGAUACUGUAUCUGUACAUCGACCUAGUUUCUAUGCUCAAAGAUUUUUACAUUUUAUGUCAAAUACAGUUUUCAAAAAAAUGCCAUCAACUUUGAAGCAUGUGCCUUCAAAACGAAAAGCAGCAUCUAUCAAAAAAGUUUCGACUUCUGAAAAUCCAGAUGCUUCAAAAAUUUCUUCCACAACAGAACAAUCUCAAGGAGAAGAUUCUCCGCCUGUCCCUGUAUCCUUACCAUCAACACUACCUGAAGGAGACAUUGCAACUUUUAGUGCUGAAGUAAAAAAUGGUCUAUCUUGGAGUCCUUUAACAGCAAAAAAGCAAUCUGGUAUUAUCAGUACUGAUGCAGUUCCACCAAGGGUACUUUCCCUGCGAUCUUCUGCAAGCAAUGUAUAUAAAACAUCUGCUGUAGGCGAUAGAAUGGAAUAUGUGAGGUCUAGUUUAUCCCAAAUGACUGUUCAGAUGGAAUCAGCAUCAGAAGGUAUAUCUGAAGCCACCUCAGGUCUUGGUUCUGUUGCACCACCAGUUGUGUAUACUCCUCCUCAUAGUUUUGAAGGUUCAACUCCCACUCAUACGGAAGGAACCCCAUCAUACACAGAAUCCAGUGCAAGUGGAGAUGCAGCUUGCCCAACAACUCCUGUAAAAAUUAUGAAAAAGUCUUUGGAUUCCAUUUUAUCAUUAGGGGAAACAGAAUUAUAAAAAUUACAAAGUGGCAUGAAGACUUUAAAUUGUUAUUUUUUUGAAGUGUUUCAAAAAAAAAAAAAAAAAAAAAAAAGGAAAGGAAAUGCCUUCUGAAACCUUUUGCUUCCUACUUAUCCUCUGAAUAUAGUGUUGAUAUCUUUUAUGAACAUAUAGUUGAUAAUUCUUAGAUCAGUACUUUGGAUGAAUGUUAACACUUUUGCGUGAGGAGUUCUAUUUUAUGAAAUUAAUUUUAUUAACGAAAUUGCAUUUGUGUGAUACAAUUUUUGUGUGAUACAAUUUAAUUUGUGAAAUUUUUGUUUUUUGUUGAAUGUUUUUUUAAAAAACAUGACUCUGUAAAUGUUUUUUUUUACAUAUCAUUAUUUGGAUUUUAUUGAAUAUUAAUAUAUAGAUAUUUAUGUGCUUGUCUUAGCUGUUAACUGAAUGGUAUUAAUUACUUGAAUAUUUUGUUAAUUUUUUUUUUUUUUUUUGAUAAUUUAUCAAAAACUUGAUACAUAUAUAUGAAAGAACUUUUUACAACAUUGAAGAAUUUUUGCUAAACAUGUACAGAAAUUUCAUUCAGUAUUAGAUAAAAUCUUGCUUUAUGUUUAGUGGCCAAAAUGAUGUGCCUUUUCAUGUGGUAUUAAUAUUUGUAAAAUUAUGAAUGCACAAAACUUUGCUCACAUUCAAAUUCACAAAAUGACAAUUAAUCUAUUAUACUAAACUAUGCUAUUUCAAUUAAAUGAUUGAUUUUCAAUUGAAUAAAGUUUAGGAUUACAAUCAUAAUAACAUAUAUGAUUAUUAUUAUCAACUUAAUUGUUCUAAGCUUUAUGCAGAGAAUGAAUGAUUACUAUUUGGAUAGUAAAAUAUUUGUUAUCCAUAUUAUAUUUGUAUAUUUCUAAACUAAACAAUAAAUUUAAUUUAUGUUCUGCCCAUAAUUUUAUUUUUCAGUUCAUGCUUGCUCUUUAAAUCAUAGUUUCACAAGCUGAACUUAAGUUUAUUAAUAAGAUUAUUAUGUUUUUGAUUUCUUUAAUGAUGAAUAUUUUCAUUAAAUGCUAAAAAUAUAAUUAUUAUUUUGCAGUCAUUUCAUGUAUAAAUAUAAUCAAUUGGUGAUCAAAGAAAGCACAUUGCAUGUAGAAAAUAUAAUUAGUACCACACCUUUGAAAUUUGAGGAUCCCUGUAGAAUUGUUAAAUGGAACCCCCAUUAAAUAAAAAUAUGUGAUAUAUAUUACAAAAGAACUUAUGUCAUAUUUAUUUUUCUUUCAUCCCUGCAGUUUUAUUUUCAUUAAAUGUCUUUUAUUUCUCUUUAAUUCGAGUCUUUACUAAAUUUCUCCAAGAAAGAUAAUUCAACCUGGGCAGGUAAUAAUUGAUAUGAAAUGAGGAAUAAUUCUAAUCAUUUUAACAAAUAUGAUGAUACAUUGAAUUAGAUACCCAGUUAUAUAUUUAGAUGAUAAAUUCAUAUCCAAAGUGCAUAUUUUUUAUUGGAUAUAUCUUAUUUUUUAAUAUGGUAUGGCGGUGUUCAAAUUGUAAACCAAUACCAAUAUGUGAUUAAAGAACCUGCUGAUGCAUUUUUAUGGAGUUCAGUCUUUAUGUUUUCACCUUUUUUAUUAUUAUUAUUCAACCGUAGAUAUAGUGUGCAAUGAAAAAAAUAAUAAUUAUGAAAUUUAAAAUUAUUAGAAAUUAUUGAUCAUAUGAUUGAAUAUUAGGAUCAGUAUAAUCAAAAAGAUGGUGGAAAAUAAUUAUGAGAUAUAUUCACUAAAAUAAAAAAAAGAAGAAGAAAAUUGAAAAUAUGGCUAUUAUGCAGUAAAAAAGCAGGAUUUAGUGUAAAGUGCCCUCAUUAUACGGCAGAUUACAGAAGUUUUCUUGGCAGAUUCUGCAAAUUGUAUGAAUAUGCUACGGCAGUCUAAAUGUGGUGUGUAAUUAUAAAUAAGUAUAACCAGAUAAGAUAAUGAGAUAAAGUGAUGACCAAAUCCUUGACUAAUUAGCUUUCUAUUCUUAAAUCUGAAGAUGCAGAAUCUUCUGCUGCAUCAGAUAGUUGUCUUAAAAAUGUCAUCUGCAGAAAAUGUAAUUACUUAUAUUUACAUAAUGUAUAGGAUCAUUGGAAAUUGAUAUGUAUGGAAUGUACAAUAUCCCUUG